AAAUGAAAAUUUGACAAAUAAAUUCUUAUUAUAUUAUUUAAUCGGAAGUAGACUUUGUUGUAUUUCAUUUCUUCCUUUUGGGAAUAAUCUAAAGCUUAGUUCUUCCCAAAUAAACUUUGUCAUCUAAUGUCUAUUCGAGGAAUAAUACGAUAAUGCUUAUACAAAAAUAAAAUUAACUGAAUUUAUAGUUAGAAAGUGAUUUUAAAAAAAUUCUUUCUUAAAACAACAAAAACAACAACAGUCUCCAAUGUUCCAGUCAUCACAGCGUCCUGCACAAGGUAGAAAGGCAGUUCGUACAUCAACUGCACCUAGUCUGUUCAGUGAUUCUGAUAAAAAUUCUCUUCAAAGUGAAAGUUGUAUGAAAGAUGCUUUAGAUUCACGCACUGCUGACUGUCGUUCUCCUACUUUUGAUCUUCGUGGGGAUAGUAAUCAUAUCAGUAGAAAGUUGGGCGUAGAAAAUAUACGUAGAAUGAGGGAUAGAUCACUGCCAAGCCCAGUAUCAAGAGAAGAGGUUCAAUCAAUUUACAGUGUACAUCAACAUCUUAAAAAUACAAUCAUUCAGUUUAAAGAUCCUGCCAAACAAGGUUGUUGUCCAUCUCCAACUAGAGUGAAAAGACGAAAAGAAGUUAUACGUUGUUGGAGUCGUGAAAGGAUUAUACGUAAUGAAACAAUCAUAAGCAUACGUCCACCUACAUCUCCGAAACCAGCAUUGGAACAUAAAAAUGAAUCGAAUGAAGAGAAUUUACACAAAUCUCGGCUAACAGCUUCUACAUCUAAUUUCCGCACUUUUCCAUCUGAAAUGUCAGCGAAUCAAAGUGAAAGUUCCGUUUCCCUACCGUCUUCAUUACGAUAUAUUCCAGUGCAGAUAAUUGAUGACAAUCAGGCUAAUAACACAAAGACAACUGUAUCAUCCAGCAUAUCUGAUAAAUGUCAACAAAAUAAUCUGCCUGAUAAAACUUCUUGGAUUAAAUCUUCGAAUAAAGAUAUCUCAAAUAAACGGUUGAAUUUAUCUAUCUCUAAUUUGGAAUAUGCUGAGUAUAAAGACGAUGAUCUUAGGCUAUCAGCCAACAAUUUCGACCCUCAAAUGCAUAGAAAUCCUGGAUACGUAUACAAUUUCGCUUCGCUGUACAGUCAAAACAGUAAAUUCAGUGAUUCAACUCGACGUGGAACACAAGGAGGCGAUAAGUCUAAUACAAUAAUAAUGCAAAGAAAUGAAGUCAGGCGUACCUCACCUCCAAUGGAUAAAAAACAAAAUUCCACCCCCGGGGACGAUGAAGAUGAUGAUGAUGACGAGAACAGUUCAACAAGCCGUUAUAGUACAGCAGAUUCAUCUCCAGUUGAAGAAACUGGACCUGAUAUCAAUAAAAAGCUUGAAGUAAAAGAUGAUGUCAUGGAUAAUCAAACUAGUAAUAAUAAUUAUGAUAAACAAAAAAAUGAAUUUGAAAAAUCACCGCAAAAUUUAAAAGUAGAUCAUCAAAAUCUUACAAGACCGACAAUGAAUCGUCAAAGCGUGACUCUUGAAUUUCGAACUAUUGUUCAACGAGAUGAAUAUGGUUAUGGAUUUAGAGUCUGUGGAAAUAAACCAGUAUCAGUUCAUAAUGUUCGUAAAGAUGGAAAUGCUGAAAAAGCUGGCCUCAAAGCUGGAGAUCAAAUCAUAGAGCCUGAAUUGUGUAAUUAA